AUGACUCCUGUGAACCGGCUAUUGACUGAAGCCUUUAUCCAUCAUUUAUUAUCGAUGAAACCAUUACCGUAUACGUUAAUGAGCGGGAAACUGCCGUGGCAGUCUCCCGAAUUGGUAACAGUAGCGAGGACGCGGCGGGUGACCGCGAAGCUGCAGAACACCGAUUACACCAAGCAACUGACGCAGAACUCCAAAAUAGACAACGUAUUUGCGUCAAGCGGGCAUUUUUCGAGCGCCCCAGUG